AUGCCACUCAGCGAGUUCUCGUCCAACCUCGAGGGUUUCCUCACAAGGAUCGAAUCGGUCAACAGCGUGCUUAUUGACAUCAGUCGCACCAAGCUCUACGACGAGGCAGUCGCCAUGCUCCACGGCAUUGCCGACGAUAUCCAGCAUUCUCGAUUCAGCACCUCAGCACGUGCUUCUGUUACACCCGCUGAGAUUGGCAUGGCCAACAGCAUGAUCACCACCCUACGUUCCCAGGCUCGCAUCCUCUCGUCGCAUGCCGACAAUGGGUAUGGCGUUACUGCAUCACUUCAUGGCCUUGUGACUGGAGUCAGAUCCAACCCUUCAUUUGGUACCAUCGACCCCGAUAUAAACCCUUCUCCGGGACAGACACCAAUUGACUGA